AUGAGGCUAAUAGGUAGGAGGACUACAGAUGCAAGGACUUAUACAUUACCAACUGCAUCAGAGGUUGCUGCUCUCAUUGUUGGAAAUUUAGACCCUAUAAUGGGUGAACGUGACAUUUUGGUAGAGUCUAAGUCUGGAGUUUUGAAACGAAUAAGUGAAUUAAAUCAAUCAUACUUACCAUUGCAAUACCCAAUUUUAUUCACAUAUGGUGAGGAUGGAUUCAGGGGGGAUAUACAUUUUUCAACACAUGUUAGUAACCAACAUUUUGCAAGAAAAAGUGUAUCUCAAAGGGAGUACUUUGCGUUCCGUAUUCAUGAAAUGUUAAAUGAGAUCUCAACUUUAAUGUAUGCUAGGAGGUUAUUCCAACAAUUCUUGGUGGAUGCGUACACGAUGGUUGAAUCUUCUAGGCUUAUUUAUAUAAGGUCAAAUCAAAAAGCUUUGAGAUGUGAGGCAUAUAAAGGUCUUUCAGAUGCCUUGACGUGA